AUGUCUCCUCGCACCUGUCUGACGCUAGAACAAAAGCUCCAAGUGCACCUAAAGCUCCAGCAGAAUCCUGGCAUGAACAACCCCAUGCCCGCCGAGUGGAUCUACGCAACUUUCAAGGCCCGGGUCAGUCGUGCCACACUCGCCCGACUGCGCAACCUGCCUUCUUCCUACUUCAGCCACGUCGACCUGAGUGCGACCAAGCGGCGCCGAGUGAAAUUCCCUCAGUUCGAGCGGGAACUGAGGGAAUUUUUCUUUCAGAACGAAGCUAAAACGGCGAUGGCGGACGACGUGCUCCUGAUGAAGGCGCAUGAGCUGGCGGAGCGCUUAGGAGGAAGAGGAGGAACAGGAACCCGCAAUUCUGCGGCUGCGAAGCAGGCGCAGGAGAAGGACGCUCACGUGCGGAUUGAGUUUAUCAAUGGCGGUCAAAGGCCGCAAGGACGGCGGGUGGAAGGAGCGGGGAUGGAGGAGCGCGACGCCAUCAAGGAGGGCGGCGAGCCGAAGGACGUCGGCGGAAAAAAAGGGGGGCUGCAUGGUUCCGCCUGCCAAGAUGUGGGUGGUGUCUGGGAGGACGGCGGCACCAAGAUGGCGGCGCAGGACAAGACGGCCGCGCCGUGGAGGAUAGACGGCGGGAAGGAGGAGGAGGAGAACCGGAGCGAACGGCAAGAGGCGGCGGACCGGAGGUGGGGCGAUGGGGAGGGUAGCCGCCAAGGCGAGGGCGGUAAGGACAUCGAGCGGAGGGAAACGAGCGCAAGGGCGCAGCGACCUGCUGGGAGGCGACGAGCAUAG